CGAGCAACAGACUGCCGACAACCCAUGUCGUGUGAAAUCGAUGGAUGCAAACGACGUCAUCAUAGAAUUCUUCACGACACAGGACCUGAUGUUAAACAAGCACGCUGUAAUUCUACUUAUUCUACUGGAACGUAUUUAGGACUUGUACCAGUCAGGUUACAUGGCUCCGCAGGACACGUGGAUACAUAUGCAUUAUUGGAUAACGGCUCAGACACGACAAUACUGCUUAGUGAUGUGGCAAAGCAGGUGGGAAUUUCAGGUACAGUGACUCGAUUAAACAUAUCCUCUGUAAUUGGAGCGUCAUCUCAGAACGCUGAAUUUACUAAUUUCGAAAUUGAAUCUUUAGAUAAGACUAACCGAAUAAGGAUCGAAGGUGCAUACACCAUCGAUAACCUACCUGUUAAAAAAGCAGAAAUGCCACCGACCGACUUCCAGAAAAGGUGGAAACAUUUGAAAGGUGUACGGCUACCUACUAUUACAUGCGACAGAGUAGGGUUGUUAACUGGAGUUGACGUCCACAAGCCCACUGGGUUCUCGAUCAACGUAUCGGAAGGCCAAGUCAUGUCAGAUCAAGUCAAGUCAAUCAGGCACACAAGUCAAGCGUAUUUAUACAAAUAUUUAUAAUCGAUAUUGUCAUGGUAAAAUUUUUUAAACAAUAAUCAAUAAGUCCAUCAAUGGACAGCCAUUCAAAUAUUUAAUCGAUAAGUUCGUCAAUUGACUGCUAUUUAAUCAUUUAAUCGAUAAGCUCAUCAAUUGACUGCCAUUCAAAUAUUU